AUGGAGCUCUUCUUGCUUCUCCUCUCCUCCGUAGCCAUCGCCACUGCCACGUCAGUUCCAGGGUCGCCGCCGCCGCCGCCACCUCGAGCUCACACUCAAAACCUCAACGGCGUGCUGGUGAACGGCAACUUCGCGAUGAGCCCCCGGAAGAUGAACGACACGGUGAUCGUCGGGAGGGACUCGCUGCCGGGGUGGGCGCUGCGGGGCCACGUCGAGUACGUCUCCGGCGGACCGCAGCCCGGAGGGAUGUACUUCGCCGCCGCGCCGGGGGCCCACGCGCUCCGCCUGGGGGCGCGCGCCUCGGCGGCGCAGGCGGUGGAGGUGCGCGCCGGCGCGGCGUACGCGCUCACGUUCGCGGCCACGCGCGCCUGCGCGCGCGACGACGGCGAGGCGCUCCUGCGGGUGGCCGCGUCGCCGUCGUUCUCCGCGCCGGUGGACGUCCCCGUGCGCACGCUCUACGGCGCCGCCGCCGCCGACGCCUGGGCGUGGGGCUUCCGCGCCGCUGAGAGGGAUGCCCAAGUCGUGUUCAGUAACCCCCGCGGCGACGGCCAGGACGGCGACCCGGCCUGCGGCCCCCUCCUCGCCAUCGUCGCCAUCAAGGAGCUCCCCGCGCCAUUGCCAUCCAAAGACAACCUGAUCCGGAACGGCGACUUUGAGGCCGGGCCAACGGCGAUCCCGAACUCCACCGCCGGCGUGCUGCUGCCGCCGAAGCAGAAGGACGCGACGUCGCCGCUCCCGGGGUGGAUCAUCGAGUCGCUCCGCCCCGUCCGCCUCGUCGACGCGCCUCACUUCGCGGUGCCCCAGGGCCAGCGCGCCGUGGAGCUCGUCGCCGGCCGAGAGGGCGCGAUCGCGCAGGUGAUCCGCACCGCGCCGGGACGUGCCUACAACCUCUCCUUCGCCGUCGGCGACGCCGGGGACGGCUGCGAGGGCGCCAUGCUGGUCCACGCCGUCGCCGGGAACGCGACGUCCACGGUGCCCUAUGCGUCCCGCGGCGGCGGCGGCGCCCGGCAGGCCAGCCUGAGGUUCGUGGCGGCCGGGCGGCGCACCAGGGUGACGUUCUACAGCUCCUACUACCACACCAGCGCCGGCGACGGCGUAUCGCCGUGCGGGCCGGUGCUCGACCAGGUCAAGGUGCAGCCAUUGAUGAGGAAAGCUUAG